GAUUUCCCCAUUCUUCCUGCUUAGCUGAUUGCAUCAUUAUCUCCUUCAGCUGAAGGGCCAAACACUGGAGUCACUGUUUAACGAAGGUGGAGUCCCCAGCACCUGGUGUGCCCAUAUAAGGAAGAGCCUGAGGGGUGGAAGUCAGCAGCUGCUGGCACUGCAUUUGCUCCACAGUUGCUCCAGGGAGACUGUGCUGUCCUCCGCCGUCCCCUCUGCCACUCCAUCCUGCAGAUUGCUGGUGCUGAACCUUCAGGACCAGCUGAGUGCCAGCACAGCCUCUUGCAAGGACACUGCUGAGCAGCGCUCCAUCAGAUAUACCUGUACAGGACACAGAAGGAAAGGACCUCAGAAGUCUUCCAAGGAGAGUCAUGGCACAUAACCCUGACCCUCUCACAGAGACCUCCGUCAUCAAGUUCAAGGAUCAGGACUUUAACUCCUUGCGGGACCAUUGCCUGAGCAGGAGAAAGUCGUUUGUGGAUGAGACAUUUCCUGCUGAACCUUCUUCCAUAGGCCAGAAGCUGCUGCAAAGAAAAAACCUUUCCACCCUGAAGUGGAUGCGGCCACAGGAUUUAUCAUCGGGCCCACCUCACUUUAUCCUGGAAGGUGCAAGCAGAUUUGACAUCCGACAAGGAAAAGCAGGGGACUGCUGGUUCCUGGCAGCACUGGGCUCCUUGACCCAGAACCCUCAGUGUCUGCAGAAGAUCCUGAUGGAGCAAAGUUUUUCACACCAGUAUGCGGGGAUUUUCCAUUUUCGGUUCUGGCAGUGUGGCCAGUGGGUGGAGGUGGUGAUUGAUGACCGCUUGCCUGUCGUGGGUGAGGAAUGCCUCUUCGUGAAGCCUUGCAACGGCAACCAAGAGUUCUGGCCCUGCCUGCUGGAGAAAGCCUAUGCCAAGCUGCGGGGCUCCUAUUCUCACCUGCACUACGGCUACCUCCCCGACGCCCUGGUGGACCUCACAGGAGGAGUGGUCACCAUUGCCGACCUGCACUCCUCCCCCUCCAGCCUGCUGCUGAUGGUGAAGACGGCAGCCUCGGCCGGCUCCCUGAUGGCUUGUGCCACCCCACCAGGGCCAGCAGACAGGCCCAGGGUGAUGGGGAACGGGCUGGUGAGCCAGCACGCCUAUACGGUGACAGGAGCUGAGAAGAUUCAGUCCAGGACAGGCUGGGAAGAGAUCAUCCGCCUGUGGAACCCCUGGGGCGAAACGGAGUGGCGUGGGCGCUGGAGAGAUGGGUCCCAGGAAUGGCAAGAAACCCAAGACCCACGGAAAAGACAACUGUACCACAACAAGGAAGAUGGCGAGUUUUGGAUGGCAUGUCAAGAUUUCCAGGAAAACUUUUCCUCCCUGUUCAUGUGCAACCAAAUCCCGAUCACUUUGGACCAUGGAAUCAGGCCCCAUGAAAAGUGGUGCCAAAUGACAUUUAAAAACCAAGUGAUUCUAGGAAACAGUGCAGGAGAACCCAGGAGGAACACGCAAUACCUCUUCAAUGUGCGAGAGUCCCAGGGAGGCAGCGAUGUUGUUGUGUCCUUCACUGUCAUGCCACAAGGCUUGAAGGCAGAAGAGGAGGGAUUUCCCUUGAGCUUCCAGGUGUUUAAGGUGGAUUCCCAGUUCCAGCAAUUCCAGGAGAGACUGCCGCCCACAUUUUUUUCUCCAUUUAGAAAUGCUGCCCAGGGCAAAGAUUAUGAAACCAAGUGUAAUUUCACGAAAUCUUUCCAUCUCAACUCUGGGACCUAUGUUGUGGUCCCCUCGACACGUAGAGAAGAAGCUAAGUUCUUGCUCCGAAUCUUCCUGAAAAUGCCAGACAAUGACAGGAACCCAGGCAGCAGUUUCAACCUCAGAGCCCUGAAGGAAAGCCUUUCAGGAAACAGCUCUGAACAAAGCAUUUUCUACAGAUAUGCACCGCAGGGGCUAGACAUUGAUGCCACCCAACUUCAGAGCCUUCUGAACCAGGAAUUCCUGGCAGGACCUCCGGGGGACGCUUUCUCCUUGGAUGAGUGCCGCAGUAUAGUGGCUCUGAUGGAUCUGAAGGUGAAUGGGCGACUCAACCAGGAGGAGUUUGCCAGACUGUGGAGGCGUCUUGUCCACUGCCAGCAUGUUUUCCAGAACAUCCAGAAAAGCUCUGGAGUCCUCUUGAGCUCAGACUUGAGCAAGGCCAUAGAGAACACAGACUUCCUUACAGGCAUCUCCAUCAGCAGUGAGCUGCUGGAUCUCAUGUCCCUUCGGUACAGUGACAGCAUGGGUCAGGUCAACUUCCCCAGCCUGGUCUGCUUCCUGAUGCGGCUGGAAGCCGUGGCAAAGACAUUCCAUAAUCUCUCCAAGGAUGGAAAAGGACUCUACCUCACAGAAAUGGAGUGGAUGAACCUUGUCAUGUACAGCUGAGGCAAACAGCACAGCAAAUCCCACGGACAAGAGCACAAUGUUCCCGCCAGCAGUGAAUGAAGCUUCCAGCUCCUCCACACCCUCACCAAAACUUUAUCGUCAUGUUCAUCUCUGUAUCACAACCACCCUGGAGGCUCUGAAGUGAUAUUUCAUUGUGAUUGGGAUUUGCAUUUCUGUGAUGACAAAUGAUGCUGAUCAUCUUUUCAGUGCCUAAUGACCACUUGUGUAUCAUUCAGUAACCAUUUUUGUGGAGAAAAAUUUAUUCCAAGCCUUCGCCUAUCUUAAAUUGGGUGGUUCACCCUGUUGCUAUUCAGUUGGAAUCGUUAUCUUUAUAUUCUAUUCACUAGUUCCUUACCAUAUAUGUACUUUAAGUAUUUCCCUCCCAUGCUGCAGGUUAUCUUUUCAGUUUUUUGGUGGUAUCAUGUGCAGCAUGAAAUUUUAAUUUUAAUGAAGUCCAACUUACUGACUUUUUCUUCUAUCACUUUCCCAUUUGGUGGUGUAGCUGAAGAACUAUUACCCAAGCCAAGGUCACAAAUAUUUACUUCUGUUUUUCUUCUAAAAAUUCUAUAGUUUUAGCUCUUUUGAGGUAAUUUUAAACAUCUGUUUGAAGUCAGAGUCUAGUUUCAUUCUUUUGCAUAUGGAUAUCCAGUUUGCCCACCACCACUUGUUGAAACAAAUCAUUCCUUAUUCCAUUAUAUUGUCCUAGCAUUCUUUAUGAAAGUCAAUUUAUCAUGAUAUGAGAAUUUAUAUCUAGAUUUUCAGUGCUAUUCCAUUCAUUUAUAUGUCUAUCCUUAGGCUGGUACCGCACUGUGUUAAUUAUUAUGGGUCUGUAGUAAAGUUUGAAAUUAGGAAAUGUGAGUCUUUCAACGAUAUUUUUCAAGAUUAUUUUGGCUAUUGUGAGUUCCUUGAAUUUACGCACACAUUUUAGGAUCAAUUUGUUGAUUUAUGCAGGCAGGGGGAAGGAAGGGGCAAGCAAUGUGCAUUUACACAUGAAUUUUAGAAUCUGCUUGUCAAUGUAUGGGGAAAAUAGAAGGGGACAGCUGGGAUUUUGAUGAGGGAGGACAUUAAAUCUUCAGAUUAAUGGGGAAGAACUAUUAUCUUUGCAAUAUAAACAUUUUGAUGCAUGAAUAUGAGUUGUCACUCCACUUCUUAAUGUCUUCUUUUUUGUACUGAGUUUAUUGGUACAUUCUAGGUAUACGGCACACUUACCUCCAUCAUCGGGAUCCUGUACCUUCACAGGUCUUGGUUCUCCUUUCUCCCCUUGUCCCUGCCCUCCCUUCAC